AUGGAAGCAUUAAUUCCAGUCGUGAAUAAGUUACAAGAUGUAUUUAAUACAGUCGGAUCUGAUUCUAUUCAAUUGCCACAGAUUGUCGUUCUGGGAACUCAGAGUUCUGGAAAAAGUUCUGUGAUAGAAUCGCUCGUUGGUCACUCGUUUUUGCCUAGAGGAAUUGGCAUUGUCACUAGACGACCACUUGUCUUACAACUAAUCUACUGUCCAAUGGAAGAUCGCGAACAUAGAUCAGCUGACAAAGGAACUGUGGCACUCAAAGAAUGGGGGAAGUUUCUGCAUACAAAAAAUAAACUUUUCACAGACUUUGACGAUAUUCGUAAAGAAAUUGAGGAUGACACAGAUCGAAUGGCUGGAACAAACAAAGGAAUUUGUCCAGAACCCAUCAAUUUAAAAAUCUAUUCAACUCGUGUAGUUAAUUUAACAUUAGUAGAUCUUCCUGGAAUCACAAAAGUCCCCGUUGGAGAUCAACCGGAGGAUAUUGAGACACAGAUCAGAGAGCUAGUUUUUAAAUAUAUUGAAAACCCUAAUUCCAUAAUUCUCGCUGUUACGUCAGCAAAUACUGAUAUUGCGACAAGUGAGAGCUUAAAGUAUGCAAAAGAAUGUGAUCCAGACGGUCGAAGGACUCUUGCUGUACUCACCAAACUUGAUUUAAUGGAUGCAGGAACUGAUGCAAUUGAUAUGCUUUGUGGACGAGUCAUUCCAGUUAAACUUGGCAUUAUUGGUGUUGUUAAUCGCUCACAACAAGAUAUUAUGGAUAAUAAGAAAAUUGAGGAGCAAUUAAAAGACGAAGCUGCAUUUCUCCAAAGAAAAUAUCCAACAUUAGCUACACGAAAUGGAACUCCAUAUUUAGCAAAAACAUUAAAUCGUCUACUAAUGCAUCAUAUUCGUGAUUGUUUGCCUGAUCUCAAAACUCGUGUUAAUGUUAUGUCUUCACAGUUCCAAUCUUUACUCAAUUCUUACGGUGACGAUGUAACCGAUAGAAGUCAAACUCUUUUACAAAUAAUUACAAAAUUCGCCAGUGCAUAUUGUGCUACAAUUGAGGGGACAGCAAGGAAUAUUGAGACUACAGAAUUAUGUGGUGGUGCUCGUAUUUGCUAUAUUUUCCAUGAAACAUUUGGAAGAACUCUUGAUUCUAUCCAUCCGUUAGCAGGACUAUCGAAAAUGGAUAUUCUAACAGCCAUCAGAAAUGCUACUGGGCCUAGGCCUGCCCUUUUUGUUCCUGAAGUCUCAUUUGAGCUCUUGGUAAAAAGACAAAUAAGAAGAUUAGAAGAGCCAUCAUUAAGAUGCGUCGAAUUGAUACACGAGGAAAUGCAGAGAAUGAUUCAACAUUGCGGCACAGAAGUUCAGCAAGAAAUGCUUCGAUUUCCAAAAUUGCAUGAGAAAAUCGUUGAUGUCGUAACACAAUUGUUGAGAAGACGAUUACCAACCACAAAUACAAUGGUUGAGAAUUUAGUUGCCAUAGAACUUGCUUACAUAAAUACUAAGCAUCCAGACUUCUUCAAAGAGGCAUCAUUGGUGCCGAGUUUAAUUAAGAAUGAACAAAAUGAUCCAUGGAUGAAUGCAGGUAAUAUCAAUCAACCUAGACGUAUUUUAAAGCCAGUCCAAACUGCGCCUCAAAUGAGCAGUGCAGAAAACGGCAUUGAACUUACAAAUCAUGUAAAUGAUACAAAUGGUCAGUCUAAUUGGCUUUCAAACAUUUUACCACCAGCAAAAAUAGAAAGUGUCGAAAGCUCACAUGCUAAUACCCCAACACAUGCUAUGAUGAGUCCAAUGAAACCUGUUAACUUAUUACCAGACGUCCCGAUUAACUCUAACACCAGAAAACUAACGGAUAAGGAGCAACGAGAUUGUGAUGUUAUUGAACGAUUGAUAAAAAGUUAUUUCUACAUUAUAAGGAAGUCAAUACAAGACUCAGUGCCAAAAGCAAUUAUGCAUUUUCUCGUGAACUUUGUCAAGGAUAAUGUUCAAUCUGAGCUCGUUACGCAUCUCUACAAGUCUGAACGUGCGGAAGAGUAUCUUAAUGAAUCCGAGCAUAUUGCUGUCAGACGUAAAGAGGCCUCGGAUAUGUUGAAGGCACUUACAAGAGCAAAUCACAUCAUUAGUGAGAUUCGUGAAACACACAUGUGGUAA